GACAUACAUUUGUUUUUUAUUUACUAGCACCAUCUUGUGGCAGUUUGAUGUUAUAACAAAGAAAUUGAUUAUUGUAAACCAUUUUCUUAGUGGUUGGUUUAGGUCAUGUGACUCUUGGGUUAGAGGUUAACCAGGAAAUAGCCACUGUGUUCCAGUUUCUUUCUGUGUGGUGGGCCAACAAGUCAUCUCUCUGUUUUCUUCACGUUUUUGUGCCUCAGAAAGGCUUUGCCUUUUUACAAAAAAAAGAGAAAGAAGAGGAAAGAACAAAACAGUAAAACUUUCAACUUUACUACUGCGUCUGCCCUUUUCUGACUCCUGUUAGCUAUCUGUCAAUGUUGCGUAGAUGGAACACGCAUCUAGGACAGAAUAGUAAAAAGGCAACCGCUCAGUAGGUACUGAAGUUCAAAGAAAGCAAGCUUCAACUCCAUCAUUCCUCGUUCAUCAUCACGCCCUGUACUCCUAGACAGUAUUAGCAAUUCAUGAUGGCGGAGAAAUCUACGGAGGCUGAGAAAGCUAUGGAGGCUGGGGAAGCUACAGAGCGAAGUCAAGCAUUUGAAACAAGAUCUAUAGCUUCUGCUUCAACUAAUAGAUCUAGAAGCUCAUCGGCUAGCGCAGCUGCUGCCAAGGCUCGCGCUAAACUGGAAGCUGCACGGGCCAGGACUGAAUUCCUUAAAAAAGAAUCAGAAAUCUUGAUUGAGAAAGCUCAACUGAAAGUUACAGAGGCAUGCAUGGAAGCGUCACUGGCAGCUAUAAAGCAUGAAAGUGAGGUGGCAGCAGCCAUUGCUGAGACGAAGGUUUUGGAGGCAGCAGCAGAUAGUGAACUCGGAGAAAGGAUUUCUGAUGUGAGAGAAGUUUCUGAUCGCACUCGUGAUUACGUCAUGAAUCAGUCUCAACUGAGGUUAUUGUCUCCAGCUGGAGAUGAGCCAUGUCAACUACCUCUAAAGCCCAUUGUCCAUGUGUUGAGGCCUGAGACACCUCCAAGGCAUCAUCGCUUAGCAUCUUGGGAUGUCAGAGAUUCUAACAAUAAACCUGAUACUGAGAGUAUAACGCAGCAUCCUCAGAAGUCAGUGCAAACAACUAGUCAAAAAUACCAAAUUCCACCCUUCACUUCUUCUCCAUAUAAAACAACACCACAACCAUCGUUCAACAACGACACUAAUGUGAGUGAGGUCGCCAGGUACUUAGCACGCCGAGAGCUUGUUAAUUCAGGGCUCUUCAAGUUUGACGAUCGUCCCGAGAAUUAUUGGGCGUGGAAGUCCUCUUUCAUCAACGCAAUUGAAGGUUUGCAUCUGUCAGCUGCUGAGCAGUUAGACCUUCUGUCUAAAUGGUUGGGAGAACAGUCUUCACAACAUGUGCGAAGGAUCAGAGCUGUGCACACAGGUAAUCCAAACGCAGGCUUGGGAAAAGCAUGGGAGCGCUUGGAGGAUUGCUAUGGCUCUCCAGAGAUUAUAGAGAAAUCCCUCUUUGACAGGAUUGAUAGCUUUCCAAAUAUCAGCAACAAAGAUGCGAAAAAGCUUAGAGAACUUGGAGAUCUUCUACAGGAAGUGGAGUCUGCGAAACAUGAAGGCUACCUACCCGGUCUUACUUAUCUUGACACCGCACGUGGUGUUGCUCCUAUCGUAGAUAAGUUACCUUACAGUCUUCAGGAGAGGUGGAUGGCUCAAGGUUCUCAGUACAAAUCAGCACAUCAAGUCGCCUUUCCUCCAUUCUCAUUCUUCUGUGAUUUCAUCUGCAGAGAGGCUCGAACACGCAACGAUCCAAGUUUUGCUCUGUCUUCAGGAAUCCAUAGUGUGUUGAAACCAGAGCAGCAAUUCAAGAGACAAACGAAAAGCUCAGUCUAUACUCACAAGACGGAAGUGUCAGCAGCGACUGUGAGUCAGACAAACAGCUCAAACUAUGAAUUGGAUGAUGUGAAUAAGGUCUGCCCAAUUCAUAAGAAGCCCCACCCUCUCAAUCGUUGUAGAGGUUUUAUGAUCAAACCUCUGGAUGAGCGCAAGACUUUUCUAAAAGAGAAAGGUGUUUGCUAUAGGUGUUGUGCAACAACCACUCAUCUGGCUAGGGACUGUAAGGCAGCUAUUAAAUGUAAGGAAUGUGGCAGUGAUACUCAUAUCGCAGCGCUUCAUCCAGGACCACCGCCUUCAAACUUAUUUGAUCAUGGCGGGGAGGGAGAGAAAGACACGCCUCAACCUGCUAUAACUUCCAAGUGUACAGAAGUCUGUGGUUACGGCGAAUGUUCACGGUCAUGUUCUAAGAUUUGCCUGGCUAAGGUUUACCCAGAAGGCCACCCAGAAGAAGCAAUCAAGCUUUAUGUGAUCCUGGAUGACCAGAGCAAUAGAUCGCUCGCUAGAACCAAGUUCUUCGACUUGCUGCAUGUCAAAGGAGAGAACUCAACAUAUACUCUACGUACCUGCGCAGGUGUGACAGAGACUGUGGGAAGAAGAGCUACUGGUUUCAUUAUAGAGUCUUUAGAUGGAGUUAUGAAGGUGAAAUUGCCAACGUUGAUCGAAUGCAACAAUAUGCCAGACGACAGGGCCGAGAUACCAACACCUGAUGCGGCACGUUGGCACACUCACCUAAAGCCCAUUGCGCAUUGCAUUCCUCCUUUGGAUCCAGAAGCCCAAAUUCUUCUCCUUUUGGGUCGUGACAUCCUUCAGGUUCAUAAAGUACGGGAGCAGCAUAAUGGUCCUAAUAACGCACCCUACGCACAAAGACUAGACCUAGGAUGGGUCGUAGUCGGAGACGUCUGCUUAGGAUCUGUCCACAGGUCUGCAGCACUUAGUGCUUACCGUACCCAUGUACUUGAUAAUGGACGUCCUUCUCUACUUCCUCCAUGUCCCAACAAACUCAGCGUUAGGGAGAAGUUUGACAUCAAGCCUCCGCCUGAGAUAUCUCUGGCGCACGGCACCUUCAUCUUUGAUGACUAUGCCAUAGGAGAUACCAUCUUUGAGAGGACAAAGGAGGAUAAUAAAGUUGGAUUGUCUAUUGAAGACAGGCUUUUUUUGGACAUCAUGGAUAAAGACAUGUUCAUGGACGAGAGCAAUAGUUGGGUUGCACCACUCCCAUUCAGAACACCUCGUCAACGACUCCCUAAUAAUAGAGAACAGGCAUUUACACGCCUAACCUCCCUUUUGCGCACACUGGAAAAGAAGCCUGAGAUGAAGUCUCAUUUUGUUACCUUCAUGCAGAACAUCUUUGAUCGUGACCAUGCCGAAGUAGCCCCUCCUCUUCGAGAAGGCCAGGAAUGUUGGUAUUUACCUACCUUUGGGGUGUACCACCCACAGAAGCCUGGUCAGAUCAGAGUUGUCUUCGACUCCAGUGCGCAAAAACAGGGCAUCUCCUUGAACGAUGUUCUUCUCUCUGGUCCUGACUUAAAUAAUAGCCUCUUGGGAGUCUUACUACGUUUUAGAAGGGAGCUGGUAGCUGUAACUGCAGACAUCGAACAGAUGUUUCACAGCUUCAUUGUGAAAGAGGAAGAUAGAGACUUCCUUCGUUUUCUCUGGUUCAAGGAUAAUGACACCAGCAAAGGCAUUAUUGAAUACCGCAUGAAGGUGCACGUGUUCGGUAAUAGUCUAUCUCCUGCUGUAGCCAUUUAUGGUCUUCGACGAGCAGCAGCUUAUGGUGAGGAGGAAUAUGGUUCAGACGCCAGACACUUUGUAGAGAGAGAAUUCUACGUCGAUGAUGGACUUUUGUCAACACCCACAGCUGCGGGAACAAUCGAUCUGUUGACACGAACAAAGCAAAUGCUGGCAACUUCAAAUUUAAAAUUGCACAAGUUUGCUUCUAAUAGCAAGGAAGUAAUGAAUGCAUUUCCGACCACAGAUCAUGCGAAGGGACUCAAAGAUCUAAACUUGGAAGUUGACCCUACCCCCAUCCAACGUAGUCUCGGACUUAGCUGGGAUGUGAAAGAGGACACAUUCACCUUUCAUGUAACCAACAUUAAGAAGCCCUUUACUCGGAGAGGGAUACUGGCUACUGUCAACAGUCUCUUCGACCCACUUGGGUUCGUUGCCCCUGUCAUCAUUGAAGGGAAAUUCCUGCUACGAGAACUCUCAGGUGAGACUUGUGACUGGGAUUCUCCUCUCCCUGAAGACAAGGAAGAAGCAUGGAAUGCAUGGAGGAGAUCCCUACAAGAUCUCAAACAAUUGGAGAUUCCUAGAACAUAUGUUUAUACUACUUUCUCUACAGCUCUGAGGAAGGAACUCCACAUUUUCUCGGAUGCUUCUGUCAAAGCGAUUGCAGCAGUGGCAUAUCUUCGUGUCAUCAAUGGCGAAGGAGCAUGCCACACUGGGUUCGUAUUGGGGAAGGCCAAAUUAGCUCCACAAGCUGCUCAUACCAUUCCCAGGCUGGAACUAGGAGCUGCGGUUUUAGCUGCAGAGAUAGCAGAGAUAAUCACAAAUGAGCUGGACUUCACUUUAGAUGCUGUGGAGUUUUACACGGAUAGUAGAGUCGUCCUGGGGUACAUUUAUAACCAGACAAGACGGUUCUAUGUGUAUGUAGCCAACAGAGUGCAGCGUAUCCAUAGAGUGUCAAACCCAAUGCAAUGGCACUAUGUGUCUACUAAGCAUAACCCUGCAGAUCAUGCCACCCGCUCCGUUCCUGCAGCUCUGUUGGGCACCACCACCUGGUUUACAGGACCUGCCUUCCUGUCGCAAAUGGAUCAGAAUCUGUCCCUGGAGGAGAGGGAAUUUGACCUCCUCGGGCCAGAGUUGGACACAGAAGUUCGUCCUCUUGCUACUACUGUAUCCGAUGAUUUUCAUCUUGAAUGUCAACGGUUCGAGCGAUUCUCUUCUUGGAGGUCAUUAGUCAGAGCCAUAGCUUUUCUCAUACAUGUCGCUCAGACUUACAGUUCGUCUGAUGAUAGAGAAAGAGCCUGCAGCUCAUGGCACUACUGUGCUAAGCCGCGUACAGUGAAAGAGUUGUUACAAGCAGAGGAAGUUGUAAUCAAGAGUAUUCAGAGGGAAGCUUACCAAGAAGAGUUCACCUGCAUCGCCAAAAAAGAUGACAUCCCGAGGCACAGUGCUCUGAAAAAACUGAACCCUUACGUAGAUAGUAGAGGUCUUCUCAGGAUAGGAGGUCGGCUUAAAAAUGCAACUUUGGAUCUCCAAGAGAAGUUUCCUUUGAUUGUUCCAGGACGCAGUCAUGCUGCGAAGCUACUUGUGGAGUAUUACCAUGAUCGAGUCAAGCAUCAGGGUCGUGUGUUUACUGAAUCAGCUAUCCGCAAUGCAGGGUAUUGGAUUGUUGGUGUUAAGAAGCUUAUCAACAGCAUUGUACACAAGUGCAUCGUAUGCAACAAGCUUCGUGGGAAGGUAACUGAGCAGAAGAUGGCGGACUUGCCCAUCGAUCGCCUGAGCACUGAACCUCCCUUCACGAACGUCGGUCUUGAUGUUUUUGGACCUUGGACAGUUGUUGCAAGGCGCACGCGAGGAGGACAAGCUCACAGCAAAAGAUGGGCUGUUCUUUUCACUUGUAUGAGUAUUCGUGCCAUACAUAUUGAGCUGAUUGACAGUAUGGAUUCAUCCCCCUUAUAAACGCCUUGAGAAGGUUUUUUGCUCUACGAGGUCCUGUCAAACAAAUUCGGUCUGAUUGUGGGACCAAUUUUGUAGGAGCCUGUAAAGAGCUGGAAAUUGUGGUAAAUGAUCCUCAAGAGCCUAGUGUGAGGAAGUACCUGAGUGGAGAGGGUUGUUCAUGGGUCUUCAAUCCACCUCACGCAUCCCACAUGGGAGGAGCCUGGGAGCGGAUGAUAGGAGUCUCCAGGCGCAUACUAGAUUCCAUGCUCCAACAGAUCAGUCCUUCCCGCUUGACAAAUGAUGUGUUGUCCACCUUGAUGGCAGAGGUUACAGGAAUCGUCAAUUCAAGACCCCUUGUUCCUAUUUCAACAGACCCAGAUUCACCUUUCUUGUUAACGCCAGCCAUGCUCCUAACUCAAAAGGGUCAUACACUCCUCCCACCUCCAGGUGACUUCAAGGAAACCAAUCUCCAUAGACAGCAAUGGAGAAGGGUGCAACAUCUUGCUAAUACUUUCUGGAAUAGAUGGAGGCGUGAAUACCUCUCAACGCUUCAAAGCCGAAGCAAAUGGCAAGAGGAACAACGAAAUCUAAGAGAGGGUGAUGUUGUCCUUCUUAAGGAUGCUCAAAGUAAGCGCAAUGAAUGGCCUAUGGCUCUUGUGACCAAGACUUUUCCCAGCAGUGACAAAAGAGUCAGAACGGUUGAACUAAGAGUUGCAAGGAAUGGGACAAUCAAGACAUUCCUCAGACCUAUAUUGGAAACCGUUCUGCUCAUGCCGACGGAGGACUGAUAUUUGUGAGGUCUUAUGUGAACAUUCUCAGGUUAUAUGGUGGUAUCUAAACAAUACCAGGCGGGGAGUGUCAUGACAUACAUUUGUUUUUUAUUUACUAGCACCAUCUUGUGGCAGUUUGAUGUUAUAACAAAGAAAUUGAUUAUUGUAAACCAUUUUCUUAGUGGUUGGUUUAGGUCAUGUGACUCUUGGGUUAGAGGUUAACCAGGAAAUAGCCACUGUGUUCCAGUUUCUUUCUGUGUGGUGGGCCAACAAGUCAUCUCUCUGUUUUCUUCACGUUUUUGUGCCUCAGAAAGGCUUUGCCUUUUUACAAAAAAAAGAGAAAGAAGAGGAAAGAACAAAACAGUAAAACUUUCAACUUUACUACUGCGUCUGCCCUUUUCUGACUCCUGUUAGCUAUCUGUCAAUGUUGCGUAGAUGGAACACGCAUCUAGGACAGAAUAUGUACAGAAUUUAAAACUUAUUUUAGCACUGUAGAAAAAGCUAUCAAAUAAGGGGACAGAUAUGUAACAUUCACCUAUUGUCACAUAAAUGUUCAUGUUGUGUUCAUACUAGCCACUAGGGGGACACAUGUA